AGCUUGAAAAACACCAAUCCCAUUUAAGCAGCACAACAACAAGAGUGUUUGAAGCCAAAAAAAAGAGUUCGGCAUGAAAUGGAAGCAGCUAUACGCUCCUCUUCAGUGCAGGUCGGUGCUCCGCCGCCCACAAAUAACACCACAAACGGUGCACAGAGCAGCAGCAGCAUCAACAGCAGCAGCAGCAGCAGCAACAACACCAACAGCAACAACAACAACAACACCAGCAACACCAACAACACCAACAAGCUUCAACAACAGCAUCAACAACACCAACAGCAACAGCAGCAGCAACACCAACAACACCAACAGCAGCAGCAACAGCAACACCACCAGCACCAGCAACAGCUUCAUCAUCAUCAUCAGCAGCAGCAACAGCAGCAGCAACAACGUGUUGCAAGCAGUAGCCUGCAACACCAGCAACAGCAACAUGAUAAUGGACCAACGUCCCAUCAUUUGCAUCAAUCAUCAGCCUCCAAUCAGCAGCAGCAGCAGCAGCAACAGCAACAAAGUAAAGCAGUGCAACAGCAGCAGCAGCAGCAACACCAACAACACCAAAAGCAGCAACACCAACAGCAACAACAGCAGGCUGCCAAUAUGUCCGCGUAUCAGCAGCGUCUGCCAGCCGGUGCAUCACCGAUACACAGGACCUUGGAGCAGUCGCAGCAGUAUGCCAAGAGUCUGGGACACCUGCAGCAACAGUCGCACCACGCCUCCCAGCAGCAACAGCAGCAGCAGCCACCCACAUCCCAGCAGCAGCAGCAGAUGCACCACCAUCAGCAGCAGCAGCAGCAGCAGCAGCAACAACAGCAGCAGCAGCAGCAUCACCACCAGCAGCAGCAGCAGUCCUCGCGUACCGCGGCCAGUCCACUGUCGCCGCCCCGUUCGGGUCCGCCCAGUGGGAACAGCAGUGCGGCAGCGGCGGCCGUCAACAAUUACACGAAAUUUGGCGAGGCGCCGCCCCCGCCCCAGCAUCGGUUCAUCCCGCAGCCGGCGUUCAGCAUCGCCCCGGCGCCCACCUACCGCGAGAAUCCCUACACAUGCCUCACCCAAAUGCAGCAGGCCGCCAUGCCGCAGUACCAGCGGCCGGCACGGACGGCGGUGGCGGCAGUGGCUUCCGGCGCUGGGUGCAAGCCGGGUCAGGGUCCAGGUCCAGGACAGGGCUCGAGCAGCGGCUCUAAUCCCGGCGGCGGUGGCGGUGGCGGAGUGGUCCAGGUGCCGUCCGGCGGGGUGCUGGUCAUGGAGGCCAUGUCCCACUAUCCCAAUCAGCCAGGAUCCUCCGUUGGCAGCCAACAGCAGCAACAGCAGCAGCAAGGAGGCAGCGGAGCGGGCGCAGGCGGGGCUGGGAGCGGCGGAGGCAGCAUAAUGCUGGGAAAUCUAGGGCGCAUCCUCCUGCCCCACUCUGUGCAGUACACCACCGAAUACCUAACCAAUGCCACAGCAGCGGCCGGGGCAGCGGUACAGGUGAACCAGCGUCAGCAGCACCAGCAGCAGCAGCAGCCGGAACCCUUUGGGGCAGGAGGCGGAGUUGGCAGCCAACAGCCGUACAAGAAGCAGCGACUGAGCGAUGGCAAUCCCAGUGGGCUGAACCACCUGCCACCACAUCAGCAGCAGCAUCAACAGCAGCACCACCAGCAGCAGCAACAGCAACAACAGCAACAGCAACAGCACCACCACCAGCAACAGCAGCACCAGCAACAGCGUUCCUCGCCAGCGCAGAUGCAGGCGCAGAUGAACAGCAGCCAGCGGCAGAGCAACCACGAGCUCCACCGUCAAAUGGCAGCAGGAGCAGGAGGCAGCGCAGGUGGAGCAGCAGGCGCCGUGAUGUCCGGGGGGCCGAUGGGCAUGCAGCUUAAGGUGGAGACGAUACCGCCGCAGAUGUCCUCGGCGGCGCCGCACACGCCACGUGUACCGCCCUCGUCCAGCACCACCACGAUGGCCACGGGAAUGCAGGGCAUGGGCAUGAGCACGGUGACGGUCUCCACAGCAAUGCCGAGCAGCAGCAUCAGCAGCAGCAUCAGCACCAGCAUCAGCAGUGGCAGCAGUAGCCAUGCCACAGCAGGAGCCGCAGGACCGUCCACCUCUGCAGCGGCAGCAGCAGCAGCCGCUGCCAGCAGUACUGAGGCCUACCAUCCACAGGUGGAGGCCAUUUCCCCCACGCUGCCCAGCGACAAUGCCAUCGACGAACGUGGCCGGAUCACCGCCAAGGAGGACCUCCUCAUGCAGAUCCAGAAGGUGGACAACGAGAUCAAGUCCGCGGAGACCGGCAUGGAGGCGCUGCGGAAGAAGGAGAAGACCCUCAUGGAGUGGGCGGCCCAUUCCAAGCAGAAGAAGGCGCGAUCCAACAAGGACAACAACAACAAGGACAAGGACGAUGGGGGCGUUGUGGAGGUGGAGGUGGUGGAUCUGUCGAUGCGCAGCCAAAUGCUGGCCGAGAAGAUCUAUGCGGCGAACCGAGCGAUGGCCCAAGAUCGACAUUCCAUGGUGCAGCGGGCCGCCGGAUUCUCUUUCGCUCUCGAUGCAAGAGAGGCGGCUGCGGAGAGCGGGGAGCAGCAACAGCACAGGCAGCAGCAGCAGCAGCACCAGCCGUAUAUGCCGCUCUACAAUCAACCGCUGGACGUGGAGGCGCUGGCGCUGCUGAUAAAGCAGCACCACAGCCACGUGAAGGGGCCCCUCCUGCAGCACAUACGAAAGCUAAAGGCCGAGCGAUGCCAGCACCAGCAGACGCUGGUCGAUAAGUACGCCAAGGAUCAGGCGGACUGGCAGCGGCGGUGCGAGCGGGCGGAGGCGAGUGCCAAGCGGAAGGCGCGCGAGGCCAAGAACCGCGAGUUCUUCGAGAAGGUGUUCACGGAGCUGCGGAAGCAGCGGGAGGACAAGGAGCGCUUCAACCGCGUCGGGUCGCGCAUCAAGUCGGAGGCGGAUCUCGAGGAGAUCAUGGACGGGCUGCAGGAGCAGGCCCUCGAGGACAAGAAGAUGCGCUCCUACGCGGUCAUCCCGCCCCUCAUGCAUGACGCCCGCCAGCGCCACUGCGCGUACCACAACGAGAACGGCCUCAUCGAGGACAUGUCCACCGUCUACAAGCAGCACAAUGCCGUCAAUCUGUGGACCGCCGGCGAAAAGGAAACCUUCAAGGAGAAGUAUCUGCAGCACCCCAAGAACUUCGGGGUGAUCGCCGCCAGCCUCGACCGCAAGUCCCCGCAGGACUGCGUCCGCUACUACUACCUCAGCAAGAAGCAGGAGAACUACAAGCAGCUCCUCCGCAAGUCCCGCCAGCGCACGCGCAGCUCCCGCAACCCGGCCAAGGCCCAGGCCGCCCAGCCCCAGUGCAUCAUCGACUCGCUGACGACGGGCGUCACCACACGCCUGCAGCGCGAGCAGCAGCAGAAGUCCGGCGGCCGUUCCUCGGCCAUUGCGGAGCGCGAGCGCGCCGAACGGGCCGCCGAGCGGGAGCGGGUCGCCGAGAAGGCUGCCGCCGAUGCCGCCAAGGCGGCCGAAAGUGCCGCUGAGAAGGCCAGCGCCGUCACCAAGGCGGUCGAGGCCAUUGUCGUCAGCGAGAAGGUGGCCAAGGCAGCCGCUGCUGCUGCCGCCGCCGCCGCUGCUGCCGUAACGGCGAUGCCUUCAACAUCAGCGGCAGCAGCAGCAGCAUUGGCAGCCGCCGAAAAGGCGGACUUGGCGGCGAAGGCCACCAGCACCAGCAGCGAUAAGAAUGCCGCCAAAGCAGCAGCAGCAGCCACCAGCAACAGCAGCAGCAGUGAGGCCAAAGCCAAAGCAGCCACAGAGGGUGCCCCAGCGUCAACAGCAGCAGCAACAGCAGCAGCAGCUGCAGAAGCAGCAUCUACAUCUUCAGCCACCUCCUCCGCAUCAUUAUCUUCAUCAGCGUCAGCCGCAGUCGCAGGCGCAGCCUCAGCGAAGACAGCAAAAGGAGCCACGUCAGGGGCCACUCCUGGAGCUAUGGAAACAGUCCCUGCGACCACGUCCACAAGCACAGCCAAGGGCAAGGCGGAGACAGCAGCAGCGUCGGUGGCAGCCGCCUCGUCCAAGGCGAAGGCGGAGGCGGGCACUGGCGCUGGCGCUGGAGGAGCCGCCUCUGAUCUGCAGGCCAAGGGAAGCCAGAAGGCGGCCAAGACCGAGGUCUACAAUGCAACCGGAGAACGCGCCAACAAUCCAGCAACAGCAGCCACAGCAGGAGCCACAGGAGCCACAACAGCUGCUGCUGCACCGCCAGUGGGCGUGACAUUGAAUGGCUUUAAGCCCGGCUACCAGAGCGUAGUGAUGGCCAACGUGAAGGCCUCCUCCGCCGGCGGCAGCAGCAGCAGCGAAGAAGCGGCAGCUGGAGGAGGAUCCGGAACUGGAUCUGGCGCCGGUGUUCCUGGCGUCGCUGGCGUAGCGGCGACGAAUGCAACGGGCGGCGAUAAAAUCGGCGUCAAGCAAACGCCAGCAUCGACUGCGGCCAGCGGAAGUUUUGCCCUGCCCCCCAGCUCGACGGCCUCGACGGAGCAGCACACGGGAGUGGGAGUGGGAGCGGGCGUGGGAGUGGGAGUGCCCACAUUGACGACGGCCACCACGGCGGGCAACUAUCUUGGCCAGAAGCUGAAGGCAGCUCAGGUGGAGGGCCUGGGUGCCGGCAACGAUCUGCUCUCCGAUGUCAGUGAUUCCAAGAGAAAGCGCUACAGCGAGAUGACAGCCAACGAAGUCCAUCAUCACCACAGCAACAGCAACAGCAAUAGCAACAGCAAUAGCAACAGCAUUAAGGCCAAUGCCAAUGCCAAUGCGAAUGCCAAGGACAUCAACAAGAUCCCAUCCUCAUCAUCCGCGGCGGCUGGAUCGGCGGCAGCAACUGCUGGAUCCAUGGUCAAUUCAUCAACGGCCACCUCGACUGCCGGCCUGCUGAUCUCCGCCGUCGACUGCAUUAUGUCCACUUCAGCGUCGAGCGGUGCCCUUACCACGUCGGCCACAUCGUCCACAUCCGCAACCACAUCGAUGGCCAUGCAGAUGGCAUCCGCCGACGGCAGUGGCAGUGGGAUCGCAUCCAACAACUUGGAUGGCCUAGCACUGGACGGCAAAGACAAGCUGGCCAACUGCUUCGUGUGCAAGGCGGAGGCAUGUCCAAGGACGCGGCCCCUGAAGAAGGGCCGUGGGCAGCAGUAUGGCAUACCGGACGAGUCGAUACCGGCAGGGGCGCGGGUGUGCAACAGCUGCCAGUGCAAAUCGGUGCGGAACCGCUACCCGAGCUGUCCCCUUUCGACGUGCCCUAACCCCAAGGAACGGGCACAGCGGCUGCACAACAUACCGACGCGACUGUUCGAGCUGGCGCCCGAGGUGCGCGAUCCCGUGAUGGCGGAGCUCCAGAUACCGCCGCACGCGACGCGCUGCUGCUCCGCCUGCCUCAUGCGCAUCCGGCGCAAGCUCGACCCUCAGCUGAAUCUCACGGACGCUGCCGGCGGCGGGGGCAGCGGCGGCGACGAGACGGACGUCAGCACCUCGUCCUGCGACGAGCGAGAGCCUGGCGGCUCCGACACAGCCUCCGUGGAGAGUCCCGAGAAUCUGCAGCGCCACAAGCCCCUGACCCUGACCAAGCAGCAGCAACAGCACCAGCUGGGGAUCCAGUUGCCCCAGCCGCCUCCGCCAGUCCCCCAGCAGCAUCCGCACCAGCAGCAGCAGCAGCAGCAGCAACACCUGCACCAGCAGAAGCCCUCGCCUGUGGGCGUGGGACUGCGCGGAAUUCCCGAGCUGCCGCUAAUCAUCACCCCCACGCGGAUGAGCUCCAAGGCAUCGUCGGCGGCGGACAACGAGCGUCUGCUGCCCCCGGCCGCCGGACAGGCGCCCAAGAAGCAGAAGACCAGCGAGGAGUACGACUCUUCGGCCACGGAGACGGCCGACGAGGAGAACGAGAACUCUCCGGCCAACCGCCAGAGCCCCAAGGUGCUCUUCAACGCUGUCCACGCCCACGGUCACGGCCAUGUCCACGGACACGUGCACGGACCUGGACACGGCCAUCCGCAUGCCCACGGGCACGGCCAUGGACACGGACACGGACAUGGACACGGACACGGUCAUGGCAGCAACAAUGUAGGCGGACUGCAGCCACCAAACGCCGCAGGAGUGGGAGUGGUGAUGGGAGGAGCCGGAAUGGGAGGAGUGCCGCCCGGAAUGAGUCCCGGAAUGGGAGUCGGACAGCAGGGGCAGCAGCAGCAGCAGCAGCAACAGCAGCAACCACAGUCGCAACCGAUGAACGGUCCCAUCAGCAUGCGCCGUGAGGCGGUCAACAAUGUGCAGGACUGCGUCUUCUCCGUGAUCGAGCGGUCGCUGAAGCACAAGGGACCGGAGCGCAAACAGUCCACGCAGCAGUCCUCCUCUGCCGGAGGAAUGCCCCCCAGCCAGGCCGCCUCCCAGCAGCAGCAACAGCAACAGCAGCAACAGCAGCAGCAGCAGCCGCCUCCCUCCCAGCAUCCGAACAAUCUGGAGCGCAAGGAGCUCACUAUUGUCCGGGAGUAUCGGCAGGACGGGAAUACGGCUAUCCUCAAGCAACAGCAGCAGCAGCAGGUGGUGGGUGGACCGCCCAGCGGCCUGCCGCACGGCACCUCCGUGCAGAAGCUGCCGUCGCGUCCAGCGGCCGUGCCACCGCCGUCAUCCUCCAGCAGCGGCAACGGAACCAGCAGCAGUAGCGACGGCAACCUGGCCACCCUCUCCGUCGUCAACUCCCAUCUGGGGGGAGUCGGUGUGGGCGUGGGUCCGCUAACACAUCCCGGACUUAUAGGCCAUCCCGCCGCCACGUCCGUGGGAGUGGGUGCCAGUGUUGGGGACAAGGCCACCAUUACGCCCGUUGUGAAGACCGGAAUAGGUGCGGGCUCCUCCAAGGGCGGGCUCCCGUCCAGCCACUCAGCACCGCCGCCACUCGGCACCGAGACGAUCAUCUACAAUGUCCCCACGAGUCACGGACCGCCACCCACCCAUCCGCAGCGGGGAGUGCCGCCACCAAGCCAACAGGGGUCGGACUCGGAGCCGCAGACCCUCGACUUGAGCAUCAAGAAGCCGCCGAGGGACAGGGAUGGCCACUCGCCCCACACGGGACCUGGCGGAUCGGGUGGAUCUGGUCCCGGGGGAUCCGAGCGGCACCAUGUGCCACCGCCCUCAAUGUCCAGCGCCAUGAAGCACAUCGUCCGCUCCACGGCCAUGUAUCGCGGAGAGGCGGUCUCCGUGCCGACGCUGGCGACGGCCGGCUCCUACAUGUACCAGCAGCCGCACGGCCCGCUCAAGGUGACGGGCGGACCCGAAGUGGGACCCCUGGCCGGAGCCGGGCCCGGGCCGGGUGGCUCGAUCUACGUCCAGCCAGUACCAGUACCUGUACCCAUCUCCAUUGGCCAGGGCCAGAUGCCGCCGCGCUCCAGCCAGCCGCCCCCGGCCCAGCCCCAGCACCAGCCACCGCCCCCGUCGGGCGGACGAGUGUCCUCCAAGGUGCAGCCGAAGCUCAGUCCCCAGCAGGCGCACCAUCUGCAUCCGGCCCACGCCCAGCACGGCCCCCACCCGUCGCACCAUCCGUCACACCCAUCGCAUCCGUCGCACCCGUCACAUCCCUCGCAGCACGCCUCGCCCUCCCAGCAGCAGCAGCAGCAACAGCAGCAGCAGCUGCUGGUGAAGAGCGGCUCCAUCACACACGGAACCCCGGCGAAUAGCGCCCAGCAGCAGAUCAUCGUGCACGCGGCCACCUCCUCGUCGAUGCUCAGCCCCAAGUUCGAGAGCAUGGUGCGCCAGACACCACCCGGAGUCGUGUGUCCGCCGGACAGCGGCAAGCAUGGCUCCAUCACGCAGGGCACGCCCCUCCAUCUGCCGCAGCACCAUCUGGAGAGCAAGCGGGCGUACGAAUUCUACAAGAGCUCGCAGCGCCACAGUCCCGCCCAGGCGGGACCCGGCUCCGGACCAGGUGGGCCCGUGCCCGGCCAGCUGCCGCCACCACCGCAACAAUCCUCGCCCCAGGCACCGCCCCCGCAGGGAUAUGGCGUCGGGGUGGGUGUCGGCGUGGGCUCUCCCUACGGCCGCUCCCCCUUCGUUGGGGAGCAGGCCCCGGUGCUGAGCACGCGGCAGAUCGUGAUGCACGACUACAUAACCUCGCAGCAGAUGCAGGGCCAGCAGCAGCAGCGCAACGUCUCGCGCGGCAGCGCCAGCGACAAGGACAAGGAGUCGCCCUCUCCGCGCAACAGCGUCGGCAGCAGCAGCGGCGGCUUCGCUUACGACAAGGAACCGACGCCACGUGGCCGGCCCGAGUACUCGAGCCGUGCCUCCCCAGCGGACCAUGCCAACAGCACACCCAGUCCACAUCGUACGCCUCCGCCGCAACGUCAGGGUGUGAUACAACGCCACAACACAGGUUCCAAGCCACCCUCGCCCGCUGCUCCGCCGCCGAGCCGCAUGCACAUCGUGACGCCCUACCAGUAUCCACCAGCUGGCCACGAUGCAUUGGCCUCGUUUGUAGACGUGGCCGUCCAGCAGCCACAGCUGCCGGUACCGUCGCAGAAGGGCGACAAGUCGCCGGGCGCAGGAGGACCACCAGGUCCAGGGGGUCCCCAUGCCGGACCACAGGCCCCGCCGCCGCAUGCCGUGGCAGUGUCCCAGGUGCCGCCGGCAGCCCAUCAUGACAUGCGGUACCGCGAUAUGGCCAUACACCAGCAAAUGGUGCACCAGCAGCAGCUCGUCCAGCAGCAGCUCGUCCAGCAGCAGCAGCAGUACCGCCAGCACCUGCAGCGCCAGCAGCUGCAGCACAAUCAUGCCAUCGAGCGCGACCGCGAGCUCCUCCAGAACCAGGAGCGCAUGCAGCGCGAAAGGGACCGCGAGCGUGAGCGCGAACGGGAGCGGGAACGAGAGCGCGAGCGGGAGAGGGAGCGCGAAAGGGAACGGGACCGUGAGCGGGACCGUGAACGGGAGCGAGAACGAGAGCGUCGCGAGCAGGACAGAGAGCGUCGCGUGGUGGCCGAAGAGCGGGAGCGCCGCAUGGAGCGGGACCGCAUUUUCGCCGGCGGCGUGGUCACUGCAGCCGGACCCGGUGGCCCCCCACCGCCAGGACACUACAUACGCGCCCCAGUCCCCGAGACGGGACCACCGCGCUCCAUUCCCGAUCGCGAGCGAGAAUACUAUCGGCCCCCACAUGCCAGCCAGCCCACUGAGGAUGUCCCUGGCCAGUUGAGCGCCCAGAACCUGAUCGAUGCCAUCAUCAAGCACCAGAUAAGUCGCUCCAACGACGCCACCGGAGCCACCGGGCGCGAGUACACGCGAGCCCCAUUCGUAAGUCAUCUAGAGCUGAAACCACCCAACGUGGAGGCAUCCGAACUAACAAAUUCUCCCUCCCACGCCUUUUUCGCCCUCCAGCAAUACCAUCGACAGCCGCUGGAGCUAGCGCCGGAGAACAAUGGCAAGGCCAACUCCCAGUCCCCGAACGUCAUCAACAUUGAUCUGGACCAGGAGCGCCUCUCCGCCGCAGCCGCCGCGGCGACGCAACAGCAACAACAGCAACAGGGUCCUCCGCCGCAGCAGCAGUCGAGCCAGUCGCGAUCCGUUCACGGAUCGAUGCGCGGCCAGCCGCAUACGCCCACAUCCCAGGCGCAGGGUCCCGGACCAGCACCCAGUCCCCAGCAGAUCCACACCAAGAGCAUCACCUUCGGAGAGCUCACCGACUCGAUCAUCACCAACGACUACGUCUCGAAUCCACACAUGCGGCCCACGCCCCCAUUCAUGACCUACAUGGAGGGGCCGCCGCAGACGAUGCUUCCGCCAGACCGCUGGAAGCAGAACCGACGCAUGCAGCACAAGGCCGAGGAGGCCAAGCACCAGGCGCAGCAGCAGCAACAGCAGCAGCAGCAGCAACACCACCACCAGCAGCACCAGCAACAGAAGCAGCACCACCAGCAGCAGCAGGGCAUGCCCGGCAGCGGUGGUCCUGGCGGCGGACCCAGUGGGGGACCAGGAUCCUCCGGAGGUCCGCCCGGCGUCAGGGCAAACACGCCCGAGGACGGACGCAACAUCAUCCGCAUGCCCCAGCCGGUCAGUCCCCGCAACUACGCCCACGAGCUUAUGCUCCACCAGGCUGUGGUGGCCGGCGGAGACCCCGGCCACUACUACCUGCCCGGCCCCGGCUCGGUUGUGGGUCGCGUGGGCGUUCCUCCGCCCCCCGACCAGCGUGUGCCGGGCGGAGGCGGUGCGGACGGAUCCGUGACCACCAUAUACAAAUACGUGAAGAACCGCAUCGCGGAGGUGAUGCGUGACGACGGGCCGGGCAGCUAUGCCAAGAACCGCAUUGUGGAAGUGCGAUCGGAUGACGAUCCCGGCGACCUAGUGGCCCAGUCCAACGCAGUCGCAGCGCACACCGCCCACAUGGUAGCCGCCUUUGAGCACCAGCAACAACAACAGCAGCAACAGCAGCAACAGCAGCACCGCAGCAAGGAUCCCCAGCAGCCGCCGCCGUCGCACGAGAUCAGCGUGUCCCGGAAGACGCCCAACCAGUACGAGGUGGUCGACGGCAGCGGUCGACGCUCGGGCGGCGCCGGCUCCAAUAGCCACCACCCGUCGGCCUACCAUCCGCCACCGCAGGCCUUCGCCGCCAGCACCUACACCUACCCGUUCAGCGCACUCACCGUGCCCAGCGCUGCGGGCGGGCUGCCGCCGCCGCCGCAGGCCAUGCAGCUGGCGCACCAGCCAGCGCCGCCCAGCCACCUGAGCGCCAAGACCAAGGCGGCGCACGCCCUGAGCGAUCUUGGGGGCGCGGGCGGGGGCGUUAGUCUAGUGGUGGGCGGCGGCGGAGCCGGCCUCGGACCCGGUGGCGUGGGUGGCCCCGGGGGUGGUGGCGGUGUCGGACAGGGGGGUGGCUCCCUGAGUUCCAGCAAAUCGGCGGCCGCAGCCGCCGCGGCGGCAGCAGCAGCAGCGGCCAGCGAGCCAAAGCCUCUGCUGUCGUCCAAGUACGAGGCACUGAGCGACGAAGAUUAGUUGUGACUGCAGGCGUCGUCGUCGGGUCUACGACAUCUGACGGCAGCAGCGACGGCGCCUCCAGCAGCAGCUUCAGCAUCAGCAGCAGCAGCGGCAGCAGCAGCGGUAGCAGCAGUCAACAACCCCCUCAGCCCGCUGAGCCUGGUCUACGGCUACGGCUAUCGACGGCACCAUCCGUCCGUGCAGCCAGCGCACUCUCAUCCGCACACGCUACCGCUCCCGCUUCCGCUUACACACCAGCAUACGCAUCCACAUGCCCAGCAGCUUCCGCUACCGCUGUCGCUAACGACGCAUCAGCAGCCCUCGCCCCGGCACCCCUACCAGCCGACGGCGUUGCCUCCACCCCUGCAGUCGCAGCAGCAGCAGCAGCAGCAUCAUCAUCACCAGCAACAGCAGGCGCAUCAGCAGCAGGCGGCGCAGGAGGCGGC